GAGGGGGUUCCCUAGGGGCCCGCGGGUCGAGGCAUCAAAAGCCCCAGGGCAGGAGGCCUGCUCACUGUUAGACUAGAAUAUAUGGCGACACAUAAGAAUCUGGAAGAUCCCUUGGCUGGACACCCGAGAUACAAGAAGAUCCGCAAUCUCAACAAGGGCAGCUAUGGAUUUGUGCAGCUGGCAUAUGACAAGAGCACAGGACAUGAGGUUGCCAUCAAGUUCCUUCAAAGAGGAGAGAGGCUUGCAAGCGUGUAUGUUGAGCGUGAGAUCAUCAACCACAGCAGCCUCCUUCAUCCCCACAUCGUGCAGUUCAAGGAGGCAUUUCUCACACCGGAAUACCUGGCAAUCGCCAUGGAGUUUGUGGACGGCGGGGACAUGUUCCAGUACGUCAAAGCCAAGAGGGGUUUGCAGGAGGUGGAGGCGCGCUGGUUCUUCCAGCAGGUGAUGAUAGCGCUGGACUACCUGCACCGCGUGGGUGUGGUCAGCCGGGACAUUAAGCUGGAGAACACGCUGCUGGACGGCAACCGACGGCCCCUCGUCAAGAUCUGCGACUUUGGCUACUCCAAGCACACCGAGAAGGACAGCGUGCCCAAGUCCCGCGUCGGCACCCCGGGCUACACAGCGCCAGAGAUUGUGACCAACAGGAGGAAUUAUGAUGGGAAGAUGGUGGACGUGUGGAGCGCGGGUGUCAUGCUCUACGUCAUGCUGUUCUGCACAUAUCCCUUUGAGCGCCCGGAGGACGAGCGGGAAACGCCCACAAAGAAGUACCAGACUGUGCUGCAGCGGGUGAUCAGGGGGGACUAUGUGUUUCCUCGAAAUAUCCCCAUCUCAGAUGACUGCAAGGACCUGCUCUCCAAAAUCCUGGUGGUGGACCCUGAGAAGCGCCUCACCGUCCAGCAAGUCCAGCAACAUCCCUGGUAUCUGAAGGACCUGCCGUCGGGGCUGAGCCAGUUCAACGACAACUGCCUGGCCAAGCAGAGGGAGAUGCCAGAGUUGGCUCAGAACGUGGAGGAAGUGCGCAAGAUUGUGCACGACGCCAUGGUGCUGCCCUCCAACAGCGCAUUUGCAAACGGCAACGCCCUGAUUGACAGCUACAAUGAGGAGCCAGAAGAUGGCAUGGAAGAGGAUGGCAGCUUGGAGUUUUCCCCCUCGUACUGAUGCUGUCGUGAAUGGGUACGGGGAUGAUUGUGGACAUUGUCAGCAUUGUCUGGUGUGCAUGCACCUGUCGUGGCAGUGCGGUGAUGCAGCCUUCUUGCUUCAGCCCGGGCAGUGGAGGAGUGCCUGAGCCUUGUGCAUCAGUUCUGUGAUAUAAUUGUUGUUCUCUCUUGCUCAGCAAGUGAUGGAUUGUUCGUGGGUGGCCGCACCCUAUAAAACCAUCGGCAGCAAGGCUCUUUGGCUCUGAGGAGAAUAGUCCUAUAAAAUUUGUAUCUCCUCCAUGUGCGCCGCCAAUCUUUUUGCCAGAGACAUUGGAGGCCUCUAUGCUGUCAACAUUGGGGAUAGACUCUUGUGAGUUGACAUUGAGAAAUUAAUAUGCUGCGUCGGACAUUUGAGCAUCUGAUUGGUAUUUAAAUGUCUUGCUGGUGCAUUAUAAUUUUCAACCAAGGCAGAUCUUUCAACUGCUUAUGCCUGCGCUUUGAGUUCCCAAUAUUUGUACAAAGUCCAGUGCGGGAAGAAUGGUCAGGAUCGCAUCAUGCUGCGCUACAGCAUUGAAGUAAAUCAAAAUCUGAGUGCGCUGCUAAACACGCAGAACUAUUAUGUAAUCUGGACGACACUCU